AUUUAGCGCUCAAAAAGAAAUUCGAAUUCUGUGGACUUUUAUCGAGUUGGUAUAUUCUUUGGAUAUUAGUGCUCAGUCGCUUCAAAUUUGUUCGGGAACUGCUUAAAAGUGACGAAAGCUCUAGGAUAUGAACAUACGCUGUGCAAAACCAGAGGACCUAAUGAACAUGCAGCACUGCAAUUUGCUAUGUUUGCCCGAAAACUACCAAAUGAAGUACUAUUUUUAUCACGGCCUGAGUUGGCCCCAAUUGAGCUACGUGGCUGAGGAUGAGAACGGCAAAAUUGUAGGUUAUGUAUUGGCCAAAAUGGAAGAGGACCAAGAAGACCUAAAGCACGGGCAUAUUACCUCCUUGGCUGUGAAAAGAUCGCAUCGCCGAUUAGGUUUAGCUCAAAAACUCAUGGAUCAAGCUUCAGAAGCCAUGGUAGAAUGUUUCGAUGCUAAGUAUGUUUCACUUCACGUUAGAAAAAGCAAUCGGGCAGCUUUGAAUUUGUAUAAAAAUUCGCUGAAAUUUGAGACCGUGGAGAUUGAACCCAAAUAUUACGCCGAUGGUGAAGACGCUUAUUCUAUGAAGAGAGAUCUUUCGGAAUUUGCCAAGAAGAAAGAAAAACGAGAAGUGAAAAAUGAAGAAUGAAUGAAAUAAAUUAACUAUUGUAUUAGUCUUUGUACUUUGCGCUUUCGUGUUAUUAUUUUUAAACAUAUCUUUAAAAAAAAGUAUAAAUGUUUUUGGAGUCAACUUUUUUUGUUGAUAAUGAGUUAUGAGUAUAAAUUUACUUAAAUGCAUUAGUUGAUAUCAGGCGAUUAUUUUAUUUUCUGGCAGAUUGGGUAUGAAUAAAAAUCUUUUUCAACAGCCUUUUGCAAAAUUAAUUAAAA